AUGAUCGCCGUUUCUGCUUUGGUGCUUGCCUCUGCAGCCGCUGCUCAGUACAUUCUGCCUACCCAUGAUGUGCCCUUCAUCGGUGGCAACGUCUUCAAGAGCAACGACACGGCUGUGGCCAGCUAUCCAUUCUCCUAUAAGCCCCCCUUCGACCCCAAGGAAUAUGGCGGCUACUACUACUGGUCGGUGAACAAUGAGACCGUCAGCGGUACAAACUUCACCGGCUACGACACCAAGGAUGGCUAUACAAUUCCCGAUGGAUCGACUGGCAAGUACCCUUACUUCCAGAUUAGCGAGGGUCACCCCAAGGCCAUCAACAAGUCCACGCUCUUCGAGUCUUGCGGUGAACCCAAGUUCAAGAAGAUCCUUCACAUCAUCUUCGAGAACGAGGUCUAUGAGUGGACCAUGGGCCAGGUCUUCUGGAAGCUGCUGGCUAAGCGUGGCAAGCUGCUGACCCGUAGCUACGCUAUCGCUCACCCAUCUCUGCCCAACUACGCUGCUAUCGUAGCUGGAGACUUCUUCGGAAUGGCCCACGAGGACUUCUACAACGUCAACGCUACGAGCGUUUACGACCUUCUCGACGCCAACCAUGUCUCCUAUGGUACCUACGUCGAGUGGUACAACCCCAUUGCCACUCACCGUGGUCCCAAUGACUGCAACAACUACAUCACCAACGGCCCCAUCGACAGCACCAACCCUGAGUGGGCGUCUCAGAUUUACCGUCGCCUUGAUGUCCCUGCCCUGCUCUUCAGCACCUACACUGGUAACUACGAGCGCUGCAGCAAGAUCUACGAUGCCAACAACACCUUUGCUGAUCACGUCAUGUCCCACACUCUGCCCGAGUACUCCUACUACGUCCCUGAUAUGCUCCACAACGCUCACGACCCCGAGUCCAACAGUAACUACUUCAACCAGCCUAAUACCGGUGCUCAGUGGAUGAACGCGUUCUUGGAUCUGUACCUCCCUGAACUGGAGGCCCAAGGUACUCUGGUUGUUGCCACCUUUGACGAGGCUACCUGGUGGAACGACGAUGAUACCUCCCCAAACAAUGAUAGCCACAUUGCCACUAUCUUGUUCGGCUCUGGUAUCGCCCCCGAUACCACUGAUGACACCUAUAUCACCCUGUACGGUAUGCUGCGUGGUGCCAUUCAGAACUUCGGCUUGGGUUCUCUGGGUCGCAACGAUACCAAUGCUACCAACGGUAACCUCUUCGACCUAGUUGACUUCCCUCUCGCAAACCUAGACGGUGAUGGCCACGGCGAUCACCCGGGAAACCAAGAGAAGCCUUCCGGCCGUUAA